CCUUUACCUCUCCAUCUACACAUCACAAUUCACCAAAUUCGACUAAACAUGAGCGACCUAGCAGAAACAGAUACAAUGGACGAUAUUGCAGUCACCCAACUUCAUGGCGGCAAUGGAAGUGGUGCAGAUAUGGUGUUUAUGUUCAAUGACAACCAGAUUUCUGUGUCUAUUUUUCCCAGUAACGGGUCGUCAACAAAGGAUACUCGUCAAAUGGAGCCAAAAGACCGCCCUCUACAGGACCGUCUUGUUGAUCUUAUCUCUCGAGCUACCACGUGCCAGGACGACGACGAGUAUGAUAGGCUUGAGGAUGAGGUUCUUGGCGUCAUUCUGGAUGCUGGAAGGCCUCUUUUCUCUCGUCCAAUAUCUUCGCAAGGAGCAGUCGCUCAAAACGGCCAAUCUCUAAAUCAUCUACUGUUCCCUCCAUUCCUUUAUUUUCGGCUAGAGGCUCCUGCUAGUCACGCCUCCAUUGUACCCAUCAACCCAGCCGAGGCAAACACCAUUCUCACUAUCGACCCUGCUCUCGACCCAGGCUUUGAGGAAGAGUUGAAAAUCUGCCAAGACAUACCUCGCUAUAUCCCCGAGGAAAUCGUAGUCUCCAAGUCAUUUGUACGUGGUGCGAACACUGUUACCGCUGCCGUCCAGGUACGGGGGCGAGAUAUGUUCUGCAAGUCGCGUGGUCAACCCGGCGGGCUCUUUGGCACCGGCGAGGGGCGAGAGCUUGAAUGUCUUGGUGAGAUUCUCAAAGCGUUCCCACAACCAAACACAAUACAGGUUCCCCAGCUUCUUGGUUAUAUUCAUCACAAGGACACCAAGCAGAUCUUGGGGUUUCUUCGACAAUGGGUGCCUGGGCGUAGGCUUAGCGAUGUUGAUGUCACCACCGCUACGGUAGAAAAAAGGCAGAAAUGGUCCGUCCAGAUUUCUGAAACUAUCAAGUGUCUUCACGAACAUGGGUUGGUAUGGGGAGACGGAAAGUCUAGUAAUAUCAUUAUCGAUGAGCAGGAUAAUGCUUGGCUAAUUGAUUUUGGGGGGGGAUUUACAGAAGGGUGGGUCGAUGAGGAGCUGGCUGAAACCAAAAAGGGAGAUGAGCAGGCCCUGGCUAAGAUUGUGGAAUUGCUGAGCGAAGGUAAUGACGCGUCCUCAUCUUUGUAGAACAUGGAAGGUUUAAAUUAGAGAUAUUUAUAUAAGUCUUUGGUGCUUUUUUCCAUAGAGGCAUUACCAUAUCUGGGUAUUGGCACGAUUUGUCCCCUUCGUACUCCAGAUCCGCAGCUCGCCAGAUCUCUUGCGGCUGGUAACAUUUCCAGCACACAGCGUGCGGGUCCAUCCAUUCCUUCUUCUUGCUCUGGCAGUCCCGAAGUGCUUUUUGCUUAGCUCGAAUCCAAUUAAAACGUCGAGCGCAAGCCGUUACGACAUGCUCAAACGAUUUUCC